CAAAGAUAGUUUAAGUAUGACAUCAUCCCAGCCAUUGGCAAACUAGCAUGUCAUAGCAAGUCCAUGAGAAUGAGCUAGCUUAUCUUGCUGACUAUGACAAGUGGAAAUUUGUGUUGCCAAUAGCUAUUCUUUCAUGCGACUCUGAGAAGAGCAUUACGCAUAGAGAAUCUAGUAAAAUAGUUUUCGACAUUUGUUCAUAAACUUCAAUCAACGUUAACAAGCUAUCGUAGUGUCCCAAAACAUGGAACCCUUUGAUAACAACUGUACAUUGCCUGUCGUGCCUGGUCAGCCGGUUACUGCUGUUGUGCAACGAAUAGAAAUCCACAAACUACGACAUGCUGACAACUUAAUUUUGGGCUUCAGUAUUGGAGGAGGGAUGGAUCAAGAUCCAGGACAGAAUCCCUUUUCUGCGGACAAAACAGACAAGGGCAUCUAUGUGACAAGAGUAACACCAAAAGGACCAGCAGAAGUGGCAGGUCUGAAAAUGGGAGACAAAAUAAUGCAGGUUAAUGGCUGGGACAUGACCAUGGUGACUCAUGACCAAGCGCGCAAAAGGCUCACCAAGAAAAAAGAAGAUGUGGUGCGGUUGCUGGUGACCAGGAAGGGACUCGAACAGGCUGUCAAAAAUGCCAUGAUGUAAUAAUGGGAAACAAAAGCAGACACAUUCAAGGGGAAUUUAAUCAAACAGUUAAGUGGCUAACUGCCAUUGAAUCUGCAUGAUUAUAGGGGCUAGAAUUCUUUUGAGUUUUACUACAAGGAAUCAAACAUGAGUGAUACGGUCUGAACAUUCAUAUAGAGACGGUUUCAGUCCACGUACCUGGAACUACUAGCUUUGUGUAACUGCCAAAGUUCAAAGCCAUUCUAACAAGCUAUUAGAGUCUACUAUACAAGUGGCUACUCUCUGACCAUGUUUUCUUUGUGUGAUUAUUUACACAUUCUUAUACUUUUUAUUGUCUAUAUAUAAUCAGUAACACUACUUAAAGAACUCUUUUUUUUUUCUUUCUUUCUUUCUUUCUUUUUUCUGUUCACACAGCAUGAAAUCACACAUGCAUGCAUCAUACAGCAUUAAAUCAUACAAUAGGAAAUCACAACAGUGUUGACAAGCCAAACUCACAAAAUACCAAGAGGGUAGAAGUUGUUAACAGCUCUGUUAUGUCCUCAGCUCUUUUGUCUCUGCAUACACUCGGAAGAAAUCAAAUUGAAAUCUUCUGUUGUGAAUUAGCAAAAACACUCUCGUAAACAUCUUGAUGGAUUCUCAGCCAUGUUGAUGAGGAUUUGAUGGCCCAAAAGGCAUACUUCUAGAUCAGACUCAAAUACAACAUUCCUCCAUGGACCAUUUUUCAUAAACUUCAUUUGUGUACUUUUUGUUUUGUGUGCAUUGUGUGACUGGCAUGACUGGCUCCACAACAAAUAGAUUGUGGCAUUCCUGACCACAAUAGUUGACACACACCAACACACACACUCACUCACUCACCCGAUAACCUUUUAUGCAUCCAGUCUGUGUUUUUCAUGUAUUCAAGUGCCAAUUUUUGAUCAUUGUCAUAUUUAGUGCAUGGAAUUGUGGAAUUAUGUUAGAUCGGUUCAUGUUAAUCUCGUAUGGAUCUCUGUGAUUUACACCACUACCUAAUUGUUUUUAAAUCACUUUGGUUUUGGGGAUAAGGGCACCCUCUCCUUUGUAAAAAUCCAAUGAUAUUUAAUUUUUAGUACUAUCCAUACAAUUCCAAAACCGUAAUAAAUAUACCAAAUUGACCCUGCCCUUGUAAAGAAAUCAUGUUUCUGUAUGUCCAUAUAAUUCUCUCUUUGUUUUGAUGUUAUUUUAAUGUUUCAAUUUGGAGCUGACUAUGCUGGCUGACUUCAUUGACUAUGUUUAUUUCAAUCAGUAUACACUGGCUCUCUUUUGUAAGUGUCCUUUCCUUACCUGACCUUGCUGCAAUCUUUUACUGGUAGAAUCAUUUUUGAUAUUCCCAUUUUGACAUUUGAUUGUAUAUUUUUAUAUAUGGACUAUAUAAAAUAAUGUUGUUAAA